UCAUCUAGAAUAGCAGCCCGGGCAACCUCCCAAAUGGGUCACGAUCGCAUAACUUAUUCUUCGUACGUACGAACCGAACAAUAUUUGAAGCAAAAGCGAAUCCAUCGAAAGAGGGUUCGUAAAAUAGGCAGCGAGAGAGAACUGAACCUGAAUGCAGCACAUCUACGCACACAAGAGACCGUUCUCUCGACAACCUUUUACCGUGUGGAAGAGAUAAUGUAGAAGAGAGCGGCACAUCGCCGUACAGGACCAGACCCUACACCACCAAGCGAUGCUACAACGGCGAAGCUACGCUGGCUCUGGUGGUAUUGGUGGCCGCGAAGAAGUAGUCCACACACACGCGUAGUAGGUGGGGGCAACAAGCGCCACGGAAAAACACUUCGGACCCCAUUUGUGUCCGCGAGUUCGUAGCCAGCGGUCGCCCCGUAACUCCGCGAGCCGACGCCGUUACACAAAGCGUCUUCCCCAUCCCUUCCACCCCGGCGCAGAUCGCUUCCCGUAGCGAGGAGGGUUCGUUUCUUCGUGCGCGUUGAUGUCGUGGCGAUUCUUUUGCAGCUGCAUACACAACACUGGUCCGGUUUCCCUUCACUUGCCUGCUGCAUCAUCGGUGGUGAUAUUUUUGAGCUGUUUGAGGCGUGUGCGCGCACCGUACCGUCAACCCGCAAAAGGUUGAAUGAAUUUUGAUUUGUGUUGAACGGGACGGCGUUAUCUUGCUGGCUUUGGUACGCCGCAAACGGUUGGUGUGUGAUAGUGAUCGCUGUGUCGCAGUAGUGUGGCCGCAAACAGCGAACAAGUGUGCUGAUAUCGGGUUUCGGGAUCGUUCGGAACAGAAAACCGCCAAAGAGCGUGCAGUGAUAAAGCAGUGAACACCAGCGCCGACACCAGAGAUCAGAAGCUGCAAAAUAGCAUCAUUAUGUUGUUGCCGAUGAAUCGAUUGCCGCGGGUCGGUUGGCUGUCGCUGUCGGUGCUGUUGCUACACAUCGGUUCUGGGAGCGGCGCCAAAGUGACGGACCACGAUCGGGUAGUGACGUGUUACAUCUCCACCUGGGCGGUGUACCGUACCGGCAGUGCAUCCUACCCGCUGGACUCGUUCGAUCCGACCCUCUGCACCCACGCCAUCUACGCCUUUGCCGGUUUGGAUGAGGAGAAAAAUGCCAUCAAAUCGCUCGAUGCGUGGCAAGACCUGAAGGACAACUACGGCAAGGGAGGCUACGAGAAGCUGACGGGGAUGCGUGCCGCACAUCCCCACCUGAAGGUGCUGCUUGCCAUCGGUGGCUGGAACGAAGGGUCGGAGAAGUACUCUAACCUCGCGGCCAACCCCGAACGCAGACAGGCGUUCGUGAAGAAUGCGCUCGAUUUUAUCAAGCAGUACGGUUUUGAUGGGCUCGAUCUGGACUGGGAGUACCCGACGCAGCGCGGCGGCAAGCCGGUGGAUCGCGAAAACUUCGUAGCGCUCGUGCGCGAACUUAGCCAGGUGUUCCGGAAGAACAACUUGCUCCUGACGUCGGCGAUCGGGGCGGGCAAGGACACGAUCGAUGCGGCGUACGACGUGAAGACCCUGUCCAAGUAUCUCGACUUCCUGCACAUCAUGUGCUACGAUUACAACGGCAGCUGGGAUGGGCGGAUCGGUGCGAACGCGCCCCUUACCAGCCGUGACUUCCUGAACGUGGAGUACUCGAUCGAGCAUCUGCUCGAGCUGGGCGCCCCGGCCAGCAAGCUCGUGCUCGGGCUGCCAUUCUACGGGCGCACGUUCGUGAGCACGAUGGCGAAGGCACGGCUGGGCGAUACGGCCGACAAGGUUGGGUUCCCCGGACCGGCCACCAAGGAGAACGGGUUCAUGGGCUACAAUGAGGUGUGCGAGGAGCUGAAGCGUAACCCGACCGACUGGACGCUCGAGUGGGACGCGACCGCAUCCGAGAUGGUGGCCAUCAAAUCGAACGGUUCCGUGUCGCAGGUCGUCGUGUACGAUAGUACGCGCUCGAUCGCCAACAAGGUACGGUUUGCGGUCCGCCAAAAGCUGGCCGGGCUGAUGGUGUGGUCCGUCGAUACGGAUGACUUCAACGGGCUGUGCGGUACCGAGGAGGACACGUACCGGGACUUUGGCGAUCGGGACCGGGUGGCACUGGCGAUACCGCCGCCCGUGAGCGGUAAGUAUCCGCUGCUGAAAACGAUCAGCAACGCCAUCAUCGUGGCGUCCGAUGAGCUGACGCAGGAGAACGUCAUCCCGCACGAACCGGAUGAAGCGCCGGCGGCCGGUGGUUCCAGUACGGGCCAGUCAUCCGGCGUCACAUUGGUGUCCGUGUCGGUCAGCUGUUGGCUGUUCGGCGUGGUGUUUUGCCUGUUGGGCAGUGUAAUCCCAGCCGCAAGGCCGUAAAGGCCGUAGCAUUGCCGUCCGCUGCGGGCAAUCGCUUCUGUAAGUUUACUUGUAAUUAAAUUCCCACGAAAAAGUUGCCAAAAAAAACAUCAAAAACACUAUUUUAA